AUGAAGCAGCCAGAAUUCUCCACCCUCAGUCCUGGGACAGUUCGCAACAGUUUGCGAUGCAUUCACCGUUCUGACAACUCCCGUAAGGAGAUACGCUCGAGCUCUAUUAUUGUUCCGAUCUCCAUGCUGAUACUUUUGGCAGAGGCGGGUAACUUGUACAAAUUCUUUCGCCAAGGCAUUGCAAACUACUCUAAGGCUAAGGGUGGCAAGUAUGCUCAUCUACGUACCUGCGGUGGGUCCAAAGCUCUUAGAGGUGGAGAGACAUUCACCGUCGACUUUGAUCUUUCCGGUUUGACCAACACCGAGAUAGAUGAAAUAGUCCCCUACUGCAAACCCAACCCAGACUGUACCAACGAUGGCCAACAAUUACAUCUUAGUGAUUUGAACUAUGUCACGUCUGAGGGAAAAGCAGGCAGAAUGGGCUGGCCCUACGAUCUCGAGACGAUGAACAAUUACAAGGUCACCGGUGAGAGCGAACCAGUAGAGUCGUUCCAAGUAGCGGUUUCCAUCACUGGAGACGAUCGCGACGUGUACGAAGCAGUGGUCAGCAGAUUCCUUGACAAUGCUCUUCAGCAAGUCGGGACGACCAGCACCGACGAUUUCAGAUUGGACCAAUCAAUGACUGUCACGGGUUUACCACGAGAUCUGAUCAUUACACGAAGAGCCGACUCAAGCGGAGAAAGACUUGAUUUCGUGUAUGGAGAUCCAACUCGAGAACUCGCAGGCUUUGCGUUCAAUACCAACGAUUCUGGCUACAGCUCCCAAUUCGAUCUGGAAUCAGACGGAACGAAUGGCUACAGAUACUGCUUGUUGGAAGAUAUCAAGGACAAUGAUGGGGACAUAUAUGGCCAAAAGUACGUGUGUUGGUUCGCUGGGUGGUAG